CGUUUAAUAAAAAAAAAUAGUAAUAUCUAUAAUACAUAUAUUUACGACUGAGCCGUCCACACAGACCGACCAUAUGGACGGAGACGGCGGUAGUGUGACCGGGGACGACGGGAGGACGGAGAGCCCGAACGAGGCGGCGCUACUCGCGCUGAUGGAGACCACCGGAUACAGCAUGGUACAGGAGAACGGACAGAGGAAGUUCGGUGGUCCGCCUCCAGGUUGGGAUGGCCCUCCUCCCCCACGAGGUUGUGAGGUGUUUGUAGGUAAGAUCCCCAGGGACAUGUAUGAGGAUGAGUUGGUGCCCGUGUUUGAGAGAGCUGGGAGAAUCUAUGAGUUCAGACUGAUGAUGGAGUUUAGUGGAGAGAACCGGGGCUACGCUUUCGUCAUGUACACUACCAGAGAGGCAGCGCAGAGAUCCAUCCAUCUCCUAGACAACCAUGAGAUCAGACCAGGGAAGUUUAUAGGAGUGUGUGUCAGUCUGGACAACUGUAGAUUGUUCAUAGGGUCUAUACCCAAAGACAAGACGAAGGAGGAAAUACUAGUGGAGAUGAGGAAGGUUAGUAGGCUGUCGUCUAACAGACAUGAGGAGGGCUGACAUCAUGAGGAAGGUUAGUGUGCUGUCGUCUAACAGACAUGAGGAGGGCUGACAUCAUGAGGAAGGUUAGUGUGCUGUCGUCUAGCAGACAUGAGGAGGGCUGACAUCAUGAGGAAGGUUAGUGUGCU